CCGGAGGGGGCGACCAGAGCCAACCUGUUGCUCGUCCCGUCCCCGGGUGGCGGCACCGCGAGGCAAUGCGGCACCCACCGCGCUCAUAAAGUUCCGCGGGCAGGAAGUUUGUGCAGAGCGCGGCGAGGAGCACAGCAGCCGGGCCGCGGGCGUCCGUCCCGAGUGGAAGUCGGAUUUUGUUGUUUUUUUUCUUGGACAGACACUGACCCUAGGUCUCUAGUCCCAAAUGCACCGGCUCGUCUUCGUCUACAGUCUAAUCUGCCUGAACUUCUGCAGCGCUCGGGACACUUCUGCGACUCCGCAGACCGCAUCCAUCAGAGCUUUGCGCAAUGCCAAGCUUAGGCGAGAUGACUUGUACCAGAGAGACGAAACCAUCCAGGUGACAGGAAACGGACACCUGCAGAGUCCGCGAUUCCCGAACAACUACCCCCGGAACCUGCUCCUGACGUGGCGGCUCCAUUCCCAGGAGAAGACAAGGAUCCAGCUCUCGUUUGACCAUCAGUUUGGAUUAGAAGAAGCAGAGAAUGAUAUCUGUAGAUAUGACUUCGUGGAAGUUGAAGAUAUAUCGGAAACAAGCACCAUCAUUAGAGGACGAUGGUGUGGCCACAAGGGAGCUCCUCCGAGGAUAACAUCAAGAACAAACCAGAUAAAAAUAACAUUCAAGUCUGAUGAUUACUUCGUUGCUAAACCUGGUUUCAAGAUAUAUUAUUCUGUGCUGGAAAAUUUCCAGCGCACAGCAGCCUCUAGAACCAACUGGGAAUCAGUCACAAGCUCUACCUCAGGCGUCUCCUUCCGCUCUCCGUCAGUAACGGAUCCCGCUCUGGCAGCUGACGCUCUGGACAAAACAGUGGCAGAAUUCGACACCGUGGAAGAUCUGCUCAAACACUUCAACCCAGAAUCGUGGCAAGAAGAUCUUGAGAGCCUCUAUUUGGACAGCCCUUUUUAUCGAGGCCGCUCAUACCAUGACCGGAAGUCAAAAGUGGACCUGGACCGGCUCAACGAGGACGUCAAGCGGUACAGCUGCACCCCCAGGAAUUACUCGGUCAACCUAAGAGAGGAGCUGAAGCUCUCCAACGCUGUCUUCUUUCCUCGCUGCCUUCUGGUCCAGCGCUGUGGAGGAAACUGCGGCUGCGGGGUCGCCAACGGGAAAUCCUGCACGUGCAGCUCAGGGAAGACCGUGAAGAAGUACCACGAGGUGUUGAAGUUUGAGCCUGGCCGUUUCAAAAGGCGGGGCAAAGCUAAGACCAUGGCGCUGGCGGACAUCCAGCUGGACCACCAUGAGCGCUGCGACUGUGUCUGUGGCUCAAGGCCGCCUCGGUAGAGGACAACACACACUUCGUGAGACCUGGAGGAGACUUCAGUUGAGGCGGAUGUAGCAAGGGACCUUCCCCGGGGACUGAACUUCCUGCUGCACCAACAUGCAGUGCAAUGAAUGCAAGUGGGGCCUGCCCAGCUCUGCUAGUGCCGUGGCCUAGAGAGGCGCUUCGGCUUCUGUAUCCAACAAUAUAGGCUCACAUUUAAUGGCAGUAUAUGAAGAUAUAUGUGUAUGCACACAGGUGCAUCUAUAUCUAUAUGUAUGUCUAGGAUUAAAUAAAGGGGCCGUUCAGCAUAAAUAACCAGGUAUGGCAGAGCUUGUAUGCGGCUGAAUCAUUUAGACCUUAAUAUGCUGCCAAAAUAAGGAAUGUAUCAAAUGUAUGAAUCAUGUCUUCAGGAAAUUCAAAAGAGGAAUUUAUUUUUAAACUUUGAAUCAUAAACUAUUUUGAGUCUUACUCUCUUUAAAAAAAACAUUUUUACAUGAAAAACUAGGAGAUGAGCUUUGCUUAUGUAUAUGCCUUAGUUAUAACAUACAAAAUCUGUGGUUUCUGAGAAAAAGGUAAAUACCUAGCGGCUUUGCUCGUGAGGCGCACUGCACACGUAGCAGUGGGGCCCGUGACAGCUUCUUCCCAAACCAGGCCAAAAUGAGGCAAGAGCGUUAGACACUGUGUCAUUAAGUUGUUGUCUGAUGCAUUUUACUGCAGAAUUCUAUUUCAUUUAAUACCUAUUUC